AUGUCAUGGACCGAAACCAAGCCAGGCCAUUACCAGCGGCCGCUGGGUGGCGCCGAGAACGGCAUGAUCGUGGCCAUCACCGUGCAAAGGCAGCUUGUACGGGAGCCGAUCCGAAUCCAUGCCUUCGCGGACUUCAUACUUGAUCAAGGCAAUUCCAAGGAUGCCAUUGCAGCAUUCAGAGAUGCAUGGAAGGCGUUGCGCCUGCUCAAAUCUCCCGACAUCGCGACCACAUAUGCAGAUGGCUACACUCAUUACCAGGUGCCCUCCGACGAGGAGCUUGAGUCAUGGCUACGGAAUACAUUCAGAGUGGCUCGAGAGGGGAUCUCGACGCAGACAGUGGUCAAGAAAAUGCAAUCAAUGCAGGAAAUGCUACCAGUCCUCUACUUGGUGCCUGCAUUGGCCGAAACUGGCUUCAAGGGUUCAGUGAUCUUGUUUAUCAGCCAUUGGAGGACCGAGGCUGCCGGUGCUUUCAAACUCAUCAGUCACAUUUUCGACUACGCUGCUGAGCUACUGAGUGGAAGCGCUACCAGGGAUGCUCUGACAGGGCAUGUUGCAGGAAAUGAGACCGCACUGCUCAAUCCGACAUUGGAAGAUAUCCUGAUGCCGAACAAAUCCACCAGCCCAGAAUCCAAGCUUCGCAUUCAGCGGAUCCUCGCAGACUAUGAUUCAAAACUCCCGCCUGUGGAUUUUCCCAUGCAAGGGGACCCUUCCACAACACCUACGUCGGUGAAAUUGCAUCUGAGGCGGUACAAGGAAGGUGCCACGUCUGGUCUGGCCAGGGCAUGCAAAGCCAAAGGCAUCAGUGUGACUUCGGCAGUGCAUUCAGCAUACUUGGAAGCCGUCUGGAAACUGGCCGACAGCGACAAGAGAGGCAGGAACUAUGCGUCGAUGAUGCCGGCUCAGGUUCGCACACGCUUGCCUGAAACCUCGCCAUUUCGAGAUCAGGGAGGCUGGAACGCAAGUCAGAUGUUGAUGAUAACGGCAGCAACAGGGCAAGGCUUUCUAUCACGAGCGCUUGACCUCAAGCGACAAUACGCUGUUGCCGAUCAGCAGACAUGGUUGUACGAGGACACACGUGAAAUGAGUGAGCAGUUGAGGACCCAUCCUCUGGCGCUUGAGGCGUCUAUGCCGUGGUUUACGAGUCACGGUGUCCUUGACAGAGAGAUGAUACCAUCCAAGCAUGGAAAGCUGACAGUAGAGAACAUCAUGGUUUUCGCCGAUCCAGUACUCGGUCCGGGUAUUGUGCUGGGCGUGUGGACCUUCGCUGGCAAGAUGUCCAUCGAGGUCCACUGGAACACUGCUUUUUAUCAUGACAGCAUCAUGCAAAAGACACUUGAUGUCAUUGAACAGACACUCAACGCCGAGCUCGGGCUUGAGAUGGAGGUCGAACAUAGUAUUCUCACUGAGUUUUGA